CUAACCCUAAAAAUUUUUUGAUUUUAUUCUGCUUGUCAUCGCGGUUUUGUUGGUGCGAUUUUGACAUCGCGAAUUUGUGGGCGCGAUUUUGACGUCACGUUUUAAUCGGCAUAUGUCUAUCGCGCAAUUGUCGGGUCACGAGUAAAAGUAGUAGCAUUCAUUCCACACUGCUUCAUCAGUGAGGACCAAUUACCAUUUUUAAUAAUUUUGUCUUAUGAAUUUGAAGAAGGGUUGCCAUUGAUGGCAACUAAGCUAAUCAUAGUAGAUAAAUAAGCAGCCAUACUCUCUGGUUUAUGACAGUAAUGGUAGCAAAAGUGCCCUUGCCUAGUAGUGUGUUCUUGAUGUCACAUGACUGCACGGCAUGUGUGUGUACAAUACUCAUUAAAAAAAAGUGGGGGGAAGGUUUAAAAAUCCUCAAAGUAUAGAAAAUAACUUAAUGCUGAUUUUGAGUUCUAGGUAUUCCAAAGAUACAAAAGUCAGCUCACUUUUUCUUCCUUAGGCAACAAAGGGAUCUCAAAACCCAUUCUUUGUUUCAUUUUUUGCCGCCUUGUUCGUUGAACAGCUGGAAAGAUAGAUGGAAGUGGAAAUUCAUGCUAAAUGCUACAUACUGUCCAAUGCAGAGAAAGUUUAAGAAAACAAUUUCUCUUUUUUUUUUCAAAUAUCCCAGAUCAAACAGGGCUUCCUUUUGCUGCCUGAUUUGCUUCCACAAACAGAAUGGAGCCCAGCAGAGAAACAGAGCAAUGGAUUCGCUUUAAAAGUGUUACCCCUGAACUGAUUUUUUCCUCAACCUUUCUACAAUCCUCUUCUUCCAACUACUGACAUAAAGAUGGAAUCUGUUCUUUCAGAUUUAUGUACAUGGUGUAUAUCCAACAUCAGAUAUCUGCUAGCAUCCUGGCUUGGAAUCUGUUAAUCCCAAAACAAAAUCUCUGAAUUCUAAUAAGUAACGUUAAGAAGAGAGUUAACAACAUAAAAAACACCCCAGCAGAUACUUUUAACUGUGGAACCUUUUAUAUAUAGGCAAGUUAGAGAUGGAAAGUUCUUGGGUGCUCUCUGUCUGAAGGGAAGGAGUGGUUUUUAGGUUUUUUGUAAAGGAGAAAAAGUCUGAUCUGUUGAUUGUUUUGGAAUUAGACUUUACACAGAUCAAACUACCUGCCAUUGCAAGUAGUCCUCUACUUAACUCUAAACUAUACAUUUAGUGACGUUCAAAGUUACAAUGAUACUGAAAAAAAUGGACUUAUUACGAUUUUUCUCAAACAUUACAGCAUCCCAGGGGUCAUGUGAUCAAAAUUCAGGUGCUUGGCAACUGGAAUAUAACAGGUAGACUGUCCCAGAGACAUGUGAUCAUCAUUUGUAACCUUCUAAAUUGGCUUCUGACAAGCAGAGUCAAUGCAGGAAACCAGGUUUGCUUAACAAACUACAUGAUUCCCUUACGUAGCAAUUGCAGUGAUUCGCUUCACAAUUAUGGCAAAAAGGCACUUUUGACUUUUAAAGUGUUUAUAUUGUGUCUUUAAUUUCAUUUUUAGGUAGAGUGAAGCGGAACAUAUCUAGUUUUUAUUUGCAAACCCCUUUAAGUUUCAUUUAAAUUAUAUGUUUAAAGGGUAUCUAUAAACAUAAUAUGAGUCUCAUUUGUAAAUAAAAGCAUUUCAGAUAUAUUGGAGAUAAUGACAUUUUAAAAAUUUUCCUAAACAAAUUUUGCUUUUCUGUUUUCUCUGAAUCUUCAUUAACCAAGGCUUGACAAUCUGUGGACACAAUUGCCUUCUCACUGCCGAAUGGAUGUCUGCCAGCAAAAUUGUGUGUCGAGUAGGUCAAGCUAAGAAUGACAAAGGGGACAUUAUCGUAACUACAAAGUCAGGAGGGAACGGGACUUCUACCGUUUCUUUUAAACUUCUGAAGCCUGAAAAAAUAGGUAUCCUAGAUCAGUCUGCUAUCUGGGUGGAUGAAAUCAACUACUAUGACAUGCGCACAGACAGGAACAAAGGGAUGCCCCCUUUGUCUUUACGGCCCGCUAAUCCUCUUGGUAUUGAGAUAAACAAAGGAAAGAUUCCACAGAAAGAAUUGGAGACACUAUUUCCUGGGAAGAGUGCUGAUUUUACAAGUGAAAACUUUUCUGCUGCUUGGUAUUUAAUAGAGAACCAUUCAACAGCAAGUUUUGAUCAGCUUAAAAUGGCAGUGAUAAAUCUGAGGAAACAAGCCAAUAAGAAAAACGAGGGCAAUCUGCAAUAUGUCAAAGGAGGCCUCAGCACUUUUUUUGAAGCACAGAAUGCCUUGUCAGCUAUCCAUCAAAAACUGGAAGAGGAUGGAACAGAAAAAGUAGAAGGAUCCAUGACACAAAAACUAGAGAAUGUUCUGAACAGGGCGAGCAACACCGCAGAUACAUUGUUCCAAGAGGUUUUGGGCCGCAAAGACAAAGCCGAUUCAACAAGAAAUGCCUUAAAUGUUUUACAGCGCUUCAAAUUUCUUUUCAAUCUUCCAUUAAAUAUUGAGAGGAACAUUCAAAAGGGAGAUUAUGAUGUUGUCAUUAAUGACUAUGAAAAAGCAAAAUCACUAUUCGGAAAGACUGAAGUUCAAGUCUUCAAAAAAUAUUAUGCUGAAGUUGAAACACGAGUUGAAGCAUUAAGAAAACUUCUUCUGGAUAAAUUACUUGAGACACCAUCAACGUUACAUGAUCAAAAACGCUACAUAAGAUACCUUUCGGACCUCCAUGCAGAGGGAGACCCAGCUUGGCAGUGCAUUGGUGCGCAACAUAAAUGGAUUCUGAAGCUUAUGCACAACUGUAAAGAGAGCUACAUUAAAGAACAAAAAGUCAAUCCAUUGAUACAUAGUCCACUGCUCGAUCUGGAGAGUGAAGUUCGCCCAUCUUCACUUGGCCAUCUCAGUCGGAGUGCCUCGCUGAAAAGAGGCAGUAGCACUCAGUCCAGUCGUGAUGAAAGUAAGUCCAGUCGUGAUCACAUUACACUUUUCUGUACUGGAUUUCCUUUCCAUUCUGCAAACCAUGGAAGACUAUUUACCUGGCAGGUGUAA